AAACCCGUGUUCACUAUCAUCAACAACAUGGAUCUCGCUGUAGUUGACUUCCCUAUUAGCGUAGUCUUUCCAAGGGAUGCGUUCCUAGUCGAAAUUGAAGGAAAUCCUAUGUUACCAAUCGCCUGGCUGCGAAAAAUGAAGAAAAGAUGUCCGAAAUGUAAAGUCGAGGAAGCUUCAGCUUGUGGCCUCACAACAAGAGAAUAUACAGACAAACAGCUUGCAAUUGCUUGCGCAGGAAAAACUGUGAUUCGCCCUGCUACUGGAUUUUACCUGACAAUCAGCUCCCAAUAUGUCACAGAGGAGGAAAUGAAUUUGAUGUGUUCAAAGGCCGUUUAUAUGGAAAUCUGCAUUCUCAUUACUGAUUCGCGCUACAAAAGAUUACGUUGUCCACAUCUAAAAGAGCUGAAACCUUGCCUUCCAGAUCGACCAGCGAUUACAAUCAUGGACAAUCCAUUCUUCCAAGAAUUUGUGAUCCCAACAACAGUGGUUUAUCCUAAAGGGCACCAAAUAGUACAAAUCUCUGGCAAUCCAAUGUUAAAUCCAAACAUUCCUCAGAAAUACAGGCCUUGGUGCAAUAACUGUGUCAUCACUCUCGAUUACGCCUGCGGCAUCACAACGCCUACUUUCACAAUGAAAGAGCUUGUCACGGCAUGUGCAGGAAAGAAGUACAUUGUCCCAGCCCCUGGCGUUAAACUUUUUGUGACAGCCCAAGAUGUGACCGAAAACGAGCUAAACCUUCUGUGUUCAAGAGCUGUUUACAUGGAGAUUUGCAUUGAUAUCGUCAAUUCCGAUAUCAGAAGUUUCCGCUGUCCUCAUUUGAAGGAGCUGAGAUCAUGCCAGAAGAGUAAGCGAAAUUAG